GAAAGGGAAAAGAGCAGAAACAAAACACAUCACUGCUUCCUACUUACGAUUAACGUUCCGCAAGCCUGUUAAUUUUAUUAAUUACAAAAUUUUCUCAUUUGCUUAUUUACGGCAUAUAUUUCACACAGGUAUCUUCUUCUUGCAAAGGUUUUGAAAAACAUUGAAAUAAACAUCAAUGUCAAUGUCUUAUUAAAAGUUGUUGAAUUGUAUGUUAUGAUCAUGCAUGUAAAAAGACGUGGACAAAAUUUUACUUGAAAUGGAGUUCAAAUCUGAUUUGUCUGAUAAGGAAGGCCAAAUACAGUGGACAUCAUUGGCAAUUAGUCAUGUUGAAUAUCAGAGUGGUGAUUGGUUUGGAAAGAUAUUAGCACUUUCUAGUUUGUGUCCUCUUGCAUUGAUUAUUGCAUUUGCAACCCUAAUUUUGUUUAAGAGAGAUUUACAUACUAUAAGUUUCCUUAUUGGUACUUGCUUGAAUGAAGCUAUUAAUUGGAUAUUGAAGCAUUUAAUUAAAGAGGUGCGUCCUUGCCGUGGUAGGGAAAUCCUUUUUUCAGAAUAUGGCAUGCCAUCGAAUCAUGCACAAUUUAUGUGGUUUUUUGCUACCUAUAUGGCAUUUUUCUUGUUAAUCAGAUUACAUCAUGGAAACAAUACAUACCCUUUAGAAAAUGCAUGGAAAUAUAUAGCAACUAUAUUUAUUUUUUGUAUUGCUGCUGUUGUCUCAUACAGCAGAAUAUAUCUUCAAUAUCACACAUGGAAUCAAGUCCUGUGUGGAGCAACUUUGGGUAUUUUCUUAGCUUGCAUAUGGUUUAUUAUCACACAAUUUUCACUUACACCUCUGUUUCCCAUUAUUGCUGCAUGGCCCAUUAGUGAGUUCCUGAUGCUGAGAGAUACAACACUCAUUCCAAAUGUCAUGUGGUUUGAAUAUACGUCCCAUCGAACUGAAUCCAGAACAAGACAGCGAAAGCUGGUGUCCAUGAAAUCUCAAUAAUAUUUAGCUCAAAUAUGUAAUAAACCAUUGCUUUGAUGGAUGAAUAGAACACAUUUUUAAAGCAAAAAUGGACCAUUUAAAUUUUUAUAUGCUUCUUAGAAAAAUGUCUCAUUUCUUUUGUAAAUUAACCUCUAAUUAUUGUUUACGUUUCUGGUCAAGUUUAAUAACUCAGAUUUUUAGAGGCCUAUCACUUAUUGUUAAUUGUAUAUUGUUGACACAAUUUAAUAAAUUCAAUUUCUUUCUA